ACCAAGCCAAUCGUAUCGCCCCAAAGAAACGUUGCCAGCCCGUGAUCCCCAUUAUCGAACCCCUUUGUUAUUGUUUUUGACAUUUGGAAGCUAUUUGCACACCUCCGCGAAACGCGUUUGCCCGAUAUUCUAAUCAAAUCGCGAAUCGAGAUCCCGAAGAUUUGAUUAAAAGCCAUGUACGGCGCCUUCAUUAUGGGUUACUACCUAAAAAUACUCUUGUUUAUUUGCGCUGUCCAGCAAAUUGCCGGCGGAACGUUAAAGGACACCAGAGAUGCUGUCUACAAUAAAUACCUUUCCCUAAGAUCUCUGCCCUUCGAAGACUGCGGCUCUUUGUACCAGGUCAGCUACCUGGAGAUCGAGAGCUGUACGACACUGCCUUGCUCCAUGGCCCGAAAAGCGACCAUUAAGGUUACCGUGCGCUUCGAUGAUAAUGGCAAUGGCGUAUCCUUUCUUAAGCACGAAGUACGAUGGGUGUUCAACUACAUAAAGACCACGGCGGCCAUAACUCCUGAUCCUUGCGACGGGGAUCAUGGAUGUAUAGAAAGCGCGAGUGAUGGCAAGGCUUAUUGGGCCAACGUCUAUGUAAACGAAACUCUUCCGGUGAUGAAAGGCAGCAUGUUGUGGGAAUCCAAGGAUGCGAACGAUCAGAACCUAAUCUGUUUCCAGGUUCCCGUUGUAAUCACAGUGUAAAUGUGUAAUCACGAAAAUAAAGUAAUUGGUGCAUGCAAAUCAACAGACCGGUGUGUGUGUGGGUGUGCGUGCGUGCGUGUGUGCAUCCUUUAAUGAAAUUUUGAAUGAAAAUGAGGGAGGCGCGGCAUCGUAGUAGUAGAAAGGGAGAGCAGAGCGAGAGUAACAGGGAGGCGGAGAAGGAGAUGGAGGUGGAGAUCUCUGUUUUGGCACACACACUGACCGAAAGAUGCUGAGAGGAGAGGGAGUAAGAAAAGCAAGUGGAGCACAGCACAGUGGAACAAAUAACUAAAAAAUAUAUU